AUGAAUAGUUCGUCGGCUAAUAAGCCAGCUACCUCUGGUGGAGUAUCCGACGAUGAUAAAUUAAUAAAGUCCUUAUUGAAACAAUUCAAGAAGCUAGAAAUAGAAUUGGCGAAAUUCAACUCAAAAACAAAUGGCACAACAAAAGCUAAUAUCCUAAGAGCUACUGUGUUGCCAUUUUUACGGACGCUAUGUGAUUUGGAUGAAAGCUUCCCUGUGAAUUCUAAGGUCUACAAAAGUUUACUCAAUAUAUGUACAUCCGUUUUACUCAAGUGGUGGACCUAUUUAUUGAGUAGCCUUGUGCCCAAGGCUAAUCAGCAGUCGAUGGUUUCGAGUACGGAUAGAAAUGCUUAUUUAGAAUGCAUCUCUCGAAUCUUAUCCAGAAAAGAUUGGACGUAUGUUGAUAAAGAAACACAUGGAAAAUACGAAGCUUUAUUAAUCCAGACAUUAGAUUAUUGCAUCAAUAAAUUGCAAAGUAUGAAGAUAGUUCCUAUUGCUAUUUCUGCGUUCGUUGGGAAAGUUUUUGCGUACUCGUUUUUCAACAUUCCAAACAUUAGCAAUGCUUUACUAUUCUUAUUGAAUGUCAAGCAAUAUGUAUUGGAAUCAAACCUAUCUUAUUUUAACGAUUUAACUAUCAAUGACACACUUAUAGACAUGUUGUAUGGUCUAUUUCCACCUACGACUCAUUACUUAAUCGAUUUUAAAGGAUUGCCAAAUUUAAAUGAAAAGCAGAAAUUGUUUAUUAAUUCAAUAACACCUCCAACGCAUCCGGUGAAAGGUAUACAAGAUCCAAAUGGACCAUGGGUUAGGAGAUGGUGUAAUAGCGAUAGUGAUGUAUUCAAUUCUUUUUUCAGGCAUUAUAUUACAAUUUUGCAAAAUUAUUUAGCUCCAAUUCCUAAUAUUGACCAGUCAAUAUUAUUCCAUUGUCCGGGGUUCAAUGUAAUUAUCAGUCAUAUCUGUCAAAUAUUCCAGGUUUCAAUAACGAGAAUUUCAAACAAUAAUAUGAACAAAAUGAAUAAUACUCCACCUAAUGCAUUUGCGGUUCAACAACAAGCUGCACGUCAACACGCAUCCCAGUUUCCUCAACAGAAUAAAGUAAAUUCCACUCCUCCACCGCUUAUUAAUGUAAGCAAGCAGAAUGAUAUUUAUUACAAUUCUAUUUUGAAGGUUUUCAAGACAAUUAGAGAUAUCAAAUUUUCAAAAAUCGAGUUUAGCACAAGUAUAAUCAGUUUUAUGGAUAACUUGUUUAUUUCAAUUGCCAAAGAUACCAGCAUUUACGAUCAUACAAAAAAUGGAUUACUACUUAAUGUCGUUUAUGAGUUUAUUAACCACGUCUCAGGAGAAGUGAAUUGGGAAUUCUGGCUAGGAUGCGUUUACAUGAUGUUGAAUAAUACAGACCAUAUUCAAAUAGUUUUGAAAAAUCUUGCCUUUUUGUUCAAUGUCUGGGGUACAAUUCCUGAACGCCUUUCGGUCUCAGCAGGUAAGGACAUUCAUUUAGCGUGGCUUGUUGAUUUAAACGAAAGUUUCAAGUUGAAUUUCAUCAAUUGGCUUAUAUCGAAUGAGAUAUGGGAAAGGUUUUUUGUUCAUUGGAACCCGAUGGUUAGAUCAUUCUAUUUAAGAUUGAUUAUAUGGAGAGUUAUAGGGGUAAACAAUUUCGAAUCUUCGAUUUCCUAUCAGACGACCAAAAGGGUUGAAGAUAAAUUGCAACAAUCGUAUGCAAGAUUAUCAGAAUUUAAUAAUCAAAAUAUUGCAACUAAUUUGAACUUCAAAGCUGAUAACCCUUUGGUUAACAGAAAAUUUGGAAUACAACCAAUAAAUACCAAUGAAGAGUUCAUACUAGUCAAUGAUCAAGAUGUUUCGUCUAGUUUAACUAAGCCUAGUGAGAUUCGGAAAACACACCCCUUCGAAAUAUUUGAUGAAGCGAUAUAUAGCUGUUCCUCAUUACCUGGUUCGCCAAAAAUUGAUUCCAGAUCGAUUCAAGAAGGCAUGAAGGAAUCCAGAAAUAAUUCACUAGUUAACUCGCUUGGCAAAUUUUUCAAGAUAUUAUCGGUCGAAGAGAAGGCCGGUAAUGAACGCAUCGACAAUAACCUUUUAAAGAGUCAAAGAAAUUCAGUUUCUCUUACUUCGUUAUCAACUACGUUUUCUCUUAAAUCAAGGUCAUCUAGUCCAAGUAUAAUGUCUUUCAAGUCAACUCCUACAUCUUUCACUGAGGCUUCAACCAAUUCAUCGUCAUCAAAAUCUGAUUCUGAUUCGUCCAGUAUCCAAACUGAUUCAACUGAAUUAUCAGAAUUAGUUAUUCCAAAGCCACCAGAAUUAUAUAAAGUUCCUCCAGAAAUUAUAAGGCCCGCUUAUAAAUUUGGUAUUAUUAUCGAUCAUGAUUCCAUGAAUGAGAAAUAUAUGGUUGUGAAUAAUCACAACAAGAAGUUUGUUGAAAGGUCAAAGAAGAGCAAUAAUUUGCCAUUGCUUCCUAAAAUUCCAUGUAUCUCGAUCUUUAUUAAUUCAGAUCCUUACGAUAAAUUUUAUAUCACUAAUGAAAAUUUGUUAGUUAAUGACCCAUCCAACGGGGAUACGAAUAAUGAAAUUGAUUUAUUUAAUAAAAUAGCUAAUAAUAAGAUCAAAUGGUUGAAUUUAGGCAAAAGUUUAAACGAAUGGAAUUUAAUUAGUGAAGAGUUUGAAACAUACUUGAUAAAAAAGAUUAAAACUGACCAGUUUAAUUUUAUUAGUAAUUUAAAUGGGAAUGAGAACGGGAAAAAUAGUAUAGAUGAAGAAAUUAGUGAACAAGACUAUUUAAAAAGAAUCACUCCUUUUCUACCAGUUGAUGGGUCAAACGAGUCUAAAAUAUUAAAUGCUGGUUAA